GGUGACGGAGGAGGAAGAAGGGUUGGGAGGUCCGGCUAUGGGGGAUGGACGUUGAUGAUGGAGGAGGAAGGAGGGUUGAAGAUGGUCUGCUAUAGUGGACGGGUGUGGGUGAUGGAGGAAGGAGAAGAGUUGGAGAUGGUUGGCUAUGGUGGACGGGUGUGGGUGAUGGAGGAAGAAGAACGGUUGGAGGUGGUCGACUAUGGUGGACGGGUGUGGGUGAUGAAGGAAGAGGAAGGGUUGGAGGUGGUUGGCUAUGGUGGACGGGUGUGGGUGAUGGAGGAAGAAGAAGGGUUCAGGGUGGUUGGCUAUGGUGGACGGGUGUGGGUGAUGGAGGAGGAAGGAGGGUUGGAGGUGGUCGGCUAUGGUGGACGGGUGUGGGUGAUGGAGGAAGAAGAAGGGUUGGCGGUGGUUGGCUAUGGUGGAUGGUUGAAGGUGAUGGAGGAGGAAGAAGGGUUGGGGGUGUCCGGCUAUGGAGGAUGGACGUGGGUGAUGGAGGAGGAAGGAGGGUCGAAGGUGGUCGGCUAUGGUGGACGGGUGUGGGUGACGGAGGAGGAAGGAGGGUUGAAGAUGGUCGGCUAUGGUGGACGGGUGUGGGUGACGGAGGAGGGAGGGUUGGAGGUGGUUGGCUAUGGUGGACGGGUGUGGGUGAUGGAGGAAGAAGAAGGGUAGGAGGUGGUUGGCUAUGGUGGACGGUUGUAGGUGAUGGAGGAGGAAGAAGGGUUGGGGGUGUCCGGCUAUG